GGGAGAGGCCGUGGAGCAAGUGUCCAGUUGUGCUCUCCUGUUUGCUGCACCAUUGGGGGAAGGAGUUCUGAUCUGAUCUGCACAGCCAUGCUGGUUUGAAAUCCUAGUGGGAGUCCUGGACCGUGAGAGACCAGCGGGCAUGGCCUGGCAGGGGAGCACACCCGCGCUGCAGGACCAGCUCCAGUGUCCCAUCUGCCUGGAGGUCUUCAAGGAGCCCCUGGUGCUGCCCUGCGGCCACUCCUUCUGCAAGGCCUGCCUGCUGUCCCUGUCCUGCCACCUGGCCUCGGAGCUGCGCUGCCCCGUGUGCCGCCGGGCGGUGGAUGGCAGCAGCUCCCCGCCCAACGUGUCCCUGGCCCGGGUGAUCGAAGCCCUGCGGCUGCCGGGGGACCCGGAGCCCACGGUCUGCGCGCACCACCGAAACCCCCUCAGCCUCUUCUGCGAGAAGGACCAGGAGCUCAUCUGCGGGCUCUGCGGCCUGCUGGGCACCCACCAGCACCACCCGGUCACCCCUGUCUCCACCGUGUACAGCCGAAUGAAGGAGGAGCUUGCGGCCUUCGUCUCUGACCUGAAGCAGGAGCAGAAGGAGGUUAAGGAGCACAUCGCCAAACUGGAGAACAAUAGGACCCGCAUUGUCAACGAGUCAGAUGUGUUCAGCUGGGUGAUCCGCCGGGAGUUCCAGGAGCUGCACCGCCUGGUGGAUGAGGAGAAGGCUCGCUGCCUGGAGGGCGUCGAAGGCCACACCCGCGGCCUGCUGGCCUCCCUGGGCCUGCAACUGGCCCAGGCCCAGGCGGCUCGGGAGCGGCUGGCCCAGGCUGACCGCCUGCAGGAGCAGCUGGGCGGGGAAAGUCAGCUCGAGUUCAUCCGGAAAUACCAUCGCUGUGCCUCCAGGGCAGAGCUCCAGCAGGCCAGGCCCUGGGAAGGUGCAUUCAGUCCCAUCUCCUUCAAGCCAGCCCUCCACCAGGCUGAUAUCAAGCUGACUGUGUGGAAAAGGCUGUUCCGGAAAGUUCUGCCAGCCCCUGAGUGUCUCAGGCUGGACCCUGCCACAGCCCAUCCUCUGCUGGAGCUAUCCAAGGGCAACACCGUGGUCCAGUGCAGCCUCCUGGCCCAGCGGCGUGCCAGCCAGCCCGAGCGCUUUGACUACAGCACAUGUGUCCUGGCUAGCCGGGGCUUCUCCUGUGGUCGCCACUACUGGGAGGUGGCGGUGGGCAGCAAGAGCGACUGGCGUCUGGGCGUCAUGAAGGGCACAGCCAGCCGCAAGGGCAAGCUAAGCAAGUCUCCAGAGCACGGUGUGUGGCUGAUGGGCCUGAAGGAGGGCCGUGUGUACGAGGCCUUUGGCUGUCCACGGGUGCCACUGCCCGUGGUGGGCCACCCGCACCGCAUUGGGGUCUACCUGCACUAUGAGCAGGGCCAGCUUACCUUCUUUGAUGCUGACCGCCCAGAUGACCUGCGGCCACUCUAUACCUUCCAGGCUGACUUCCAGGGCAAGCUCUACCCCAUCCUGGACACAUGCUGGCAUGAGAGGGGUAGCAACUCACUGCCCUUGGUGCUGUCCCCCGCCACUGGGCCUGGCCACUUCCCUCCCCCACAGCCCACCAAGCCGUAGGCUGCCCGGUGACACCAGGCACCUGGACUCAGGCUCAUGAGUGACAGAAGGACCUCCUCACCCACUGGCCACAGGUCUUGCUAAGGCCUGGCCCUUGGGACCGCACCCUCUGCCCUCCAGUUUCCAGCAGAAGUCAGAAAUGUUCCUAUCUGUCCUUCUUCCUUAUC